AGCUGAAGUCUCACUCAAUAAUAGUAAAAUGAUCAGAAGUGAAAUCGGUUGAAGAACAGUGCUGGGAACAGUGUCGGACCCACCCUUGGUCACGGUGGGUCACGUGACCUAGGAAAAAAAAUUAAAUUAAAUUUUAAAAAAAAAAACAAAACAGUGACAUUACUUUCUCUCUCAUUGACAAAUUCAAAGUCACUGUCUCACACUCUCACGGAAAUCGUCACACGCCCACACCGGCACACCGCUGCCGCCGCACCUUCCAGCCACCGCCCACAGCCCAGUGGACCACCGCACGUCCGCACAGCCGCACUCCACUCCUACAGCCUUCUAGAUCUAGUUGGUACACUUCCAUAAUUAGUCCCCUACAGAGGAGAUGAGAAUUGUUGGACUAACAGGUGGGAUUGCAUCUGGAAAGAGCACUGUUUCCAACCUCUUCAAAGCUCAAGGCAUUCCCGUUGUCGAUGCUGAUGUUGUUGCUCGGGAUGCAUUGAAGAAAGGCACAGGUGGAUGGAAGAAGGUUGUGGAAGCAUUUGGGGAUGACAUUCUACAACCUGAUGGGGAGGUGGAUAGGCUUGCGCUGGGACGUAUUGUAUUCUCCAAUUCUGAUAAGCGUCAACUACUUAACCGGCUUUUGGCACCUUAUAUAUCCUCUGGCAUCCUCCAAGAAACGCUGAAGCUGUGGUUAAAGGGACACAAGGUGAUUGUUCUUGACGUCCCACUGUUGUUUGAGGCCAAAAUGGACAAAUGGACUAAGCCUAUCAUCACUGUAUGGGUUGAUCGCGAAACACAGCUAAAGAGAUUGGUUUCGAGAGAUGGAAUAAACGAUGAGGAAGCUAAUAACAAAAUAAAUGCUCAGAUGUCCCUGGAUUCCAAGAGGAGCAAAGCGGACAUUGUGAUUGAUAAUACCGGAUCACUAGACGAGUUGAAAAAACAAUUUCAGAACGUAUUGAAUGUAGUCACCCGGCCAUUAACAUGGAGUGAAUUCAUGCUUUCUAGGCAAGGAGCUUUUUCUGCGUUUGCUUUUGUUGUUUUAGGUGUUCUUGUGGCUAAAAACAUAUUCAAAUGCGAUGCAUCGUAGCCUUGCAGGUUACUGUAGUUAUUGAUCUGGGAAGAGUUUCUGGUUGGUGUUGCAGACUUGCAGGGAAUUUUUUUCUAGAUAAUACAAAGUAGUAUAAAUGUAAAGGCUUUUCUUUCUGCUGUUU